UAAUUUCCUACAAAUGUGAUACAUGUUUGGAUGGCCAUCAGCCUGCCUUUCCGCGAAUCAAGAGCCAAUCAUGUUACAGUGGGGCGUGUUCUGCUCAGAAAUUACGUGGGAAUCAUCCCGUCGUUUACAGCGAUUCUGCUAGCUAGCCUAAAUUGCACAUAGCAAGAUGUGUCAGGAUGAUACAGUGAUUGAACUACAAUGGAAACGGAACAACCAAAGAACGACAGCGAUACACCAACGACGUCUCAGGCCAAGAAGCCAAACCAAGCUCUUUACGUGCCAAAGAAACGACUCAACACAUCGAAAGACAAUCCCCACAUUGAGGGAGCGGUAAAACCAAGACCAAGACCUCGCUACACGGACAAGGCUCGAAAAAAUGCCAAAAACAAGAAGGACAAAACAGUCGCAGCAGGAGCUGAGCUGGUGACUGGAGGAGUCGAUGGAGCCGAGAUGCAGAAUGGAAAUGAUCCCGCUGAUUCUGUUGGCGAGGUCGAGCGGCUCCAGGGUCCAGAGUUGAAGACUAACGGACAGCUAGACGCGGCAGAUGUUAGAGAUGCAGAUAAAUCCCGUCAUGUUGAAAAAGCACAAGAGGACAGUUGGGACACUUUAUUUAAUGAUGAUGGAGAUUGUCUCAUUCAGCGGCAGCUUGAAGAGCUGUCUUUGAGUGAAGGUCAAAAGAAGAAGUCAAUCCAAGAUGCCAGAUUUGAUUAUUACAACAUGGAGCAAUUUGAUGACGACGUGGACCAGAGUGAAGAAGACCUUUCUCAUGUCAUCGAGAUCUACGACAUUCCUCCUGAGUUUAAAACAGAGGAUCUCUUCAAGUUGUUUCAGGGGUACCAACAGAGAGGCUUUGAUAUCAAGUGGAUUGACGAUACACAUGCGCUAGGUCUUUUUGCAAGCCCGAAUGCAGCCCGUGAGGCAUUAAGAUCUAAGAAUCCAUUGUUGAAGAUGCGACCCCUCUCCAAAUCAACGUCAGAGACGAAGGCCACAGCUCGUAGCUGCUCUGAAUCCGCCCUGCCUGCGAAGGAGAGACCUCAAACCAGCGCAGCCCUGGCUCGCAGGCUUGUGAUUGGCGCCCUCGGUGUGAAGAGCAAUUUGACAAAGGAGCAACGGGAGGCAGAGAAGAGGAAGUUGCAGCAGGCCAGAGAACAAAAGCGUCUGGCAGCCAAACAGAGGGAAGAUGCUUGGGAGGGACGGUGAUUGGAGAGAGAACGCUUCCUCUUUGAUUCGUUAGACUUCUUUCAGGCCACGCCUGAAGAUGUGGCGUCCUACCAUUUAUCCACGCUGAAGUUUGUAGACUGUUCAUGUUUUUUUUUUUUUUCAUGCAGGGUCAGAUAGACCCUGGAGAUUACCUCAACAUUCACCUAAACUAAACUCUAUUGGUAGUCUUAUGUUUUUGAAGAAACUCAUUAAUUCGCUGAGCAUUCUAAGAAAAACUGUCUCAACCAUUCACUUAAUAAUACUGCCAGCCUUCCCAGUUAACAUGGAUAUUUGACUUCUAAAGCCGUCAAUGGCAGUGAAUAUGUAAAUGCAGGUUUUCAGUCGUCAAGAGGAAAUGUGUUGCCACCAUUUUGCAAUUGAGAUGAUGCACACAGGGACAUAAUAUUUUGUCAAGCCAGACUAAAACAUUUUUACAUGUUAAUAUUGUACCUUUUCUGAGCAUUUUAUUGUAUUUAUAAAGUAAGUUGCAGUACACGUUACUUUUCAAAUGUAUGUCGGAUUUCAUGUGUGCAUAAAUAUAAAUGGUCUACAGCAGGGUAGAAGCUGAACUGUGUAGGCUUUCCUACCCUUUGGUUUAAAUCCUAUGUAGCGUAUUUUUAGCUGAAAAUGAGGGAGCGAUGGUAGUAAUGUCCUGUACAUAAUCUCUUACGUGAGCAACCUCCCAUUGGCUCUUGGGCAUCAAUUGAGGUGAAUGUUUUCGGCAACAUGAUGAUAUGAACUGAGGCCUCUGUAUCCGAUAGACUUGUAUAAAUAAAUUGAGGGGAUGAAAAGUGAGUUCUUUCGGUAUUUCAUGAAAUUUGAAUCAGUCAUUUAGCAACUAUUGAGCCAGGUUGAGUUUGGCGUGGUGUUUGUUCAUUAAAAGUAAAGAAUCUGGAAUUUAUGAUGCUUCACUCGAGAGCUAAAGUUCAGGAAGUUCAUAUUUCAACCACAGUUAAAUUUCAUCUGUAAACUCCCUCAGAUCCAGGAUGAAGUUUCAAGCAGCUGACUUGUUUGAGGCUGGCUCUAGCUGUGGCAUUGCUUUGCUUUUCAAUUCACUCAUCAAGUAGUAAUUAAACCUGAUUCUGCAAAAUAGAAGGACCUGCAAAUGUGUUCCUUGUUUUCAGCAUCAAUUUGACUUUCAAAUGACUCUUUCAGCUUCACAAACAUCUGUGAGGGAAAAUACAACGGGUAAAACUAAAUGAACACCAAUUAAUAUAGUUAAAUACUAUUGCAUACAUUUUAUGCAGUUCCACAGAGUAUCACACUGUGCCUAUGCCACAUUACUCAUUGUAGAACUUGUUCAACCCAAGUCUUGCACAUUCACUUUUUGUCUUCUUAGCACCCUGAUUUUCCCAAACUGAAGAAGAAAAAUAUUUUAUGUAAGAUAAGUACUGUCUGCUUGAUGAGAUGGCACAAUGGCUAAAUAAAGUGCUAAGACUUGAUGUGACAUUUUGCCAUUUAUUUUAAUUAAUCUAACUGGUAUUGACUGAGAGGAGGAAAAAUAAGACUUUUGAGUAAUUUUUUUGCAAGUAAGAACAAAAACAGCAACUUUUUUCAACUUCAACAUAAAUUAUGUAGAAGUUAGUUGUAUACUGUGUAAUGCUUAUAAGAAAUCAAAGCACCGAUGGCAAAAAGUUGAUGAAGACGAGCAGGACUGGGGAUGUUGAUAAAGGAAUAAUUGACAUUCACAGGGUGCAUCUUCUUUAAUUGCCAUUUUUUCCAAAAAAGACUUGCAUGAAAAUAAAUUGUCCACGACCAACCUACAUUAAAUAAUUUCAGUCCUUUGUGUCCCUGAUGGAUUUGUGACUUAAUUUUCUGGAGCACGUGGUUGAACUGGUUUAGGCUC